AAAACGAAUAUAAAAAGACAAUAACCACCGUCCAAACUUCUCAUCCACCACUCCACAGUUCUCAAUCUUCCAUCUUCACCACUUCUCUCAAUCACUUCCAAACUCAAAGUCUUUCAGACAUCCCAAAAACCCACCUUCCAAAAUGCAGUUCUCCACCGCCAUCGCCGCUCUCGUCCUCGCCGCCGUCGGCACCCAGGCCGCUCCCGUCAUCGAGGAGCGCCAGGUCAACACCAUCUACGCCCGCUACUUCGGCGGAGGCGGCUGCCAGGGCCCAUGGCUCGAGGACUACGUCUUCGUUGAGGGCGACAACCCCACCGCCUGCGUCAACAACAACCUCAACCUCCAAUACGGCAGCAUCUUCUACGAUCCCCACACCACCGUCCGCACUCUCCGCGUCUUCAAUAGCCCUGACUGCCAGGAGACCGGCACCGGCGUCACCUUCUACGACGUCAAGCCCACCGACGUUGGAUGCCGUGCUGGCCAGUUCAAGUCCUACCGCUUCCUCUGAGCGAUUCGCCUCGAUCGCUGAGCGCGUGAGAGACGUGACCAGGCCAUUGAAGUGGAGUAUUGCAAUGGUAGUGGCGAAGUGAUGAUGAGGGGUUGAGGUGGUAGUGAGAGGGGACUACGAAAUAUGUGGGCAAUUGUGGAAACCAAUUCAAUUGGACAUUCCUUCUUCUUCAUUAUGGCACUUGCCAC